ACAGUGUAUACAGCCACUUUCCUAUUCCUGUGAUCCACACUCUUCCAACUGAACUACCUCAAAAAUGAAGACCAAGAGUCCGAUCUUCUCGGUCACUUCAUGGGUCCGACGACAGCCACCGAAGAUGAAGUUGUUUUUAGCCCUUCUUUCAGCCAUGGCGGCUAUCAUGUUUUUGCGAAUGGUCGUAGAAGAUCACAACAACCUUUUUGUUGCUGCCGAGGUGGUUCAUGCCUUGGGUACUUGUGUCCUUAUUUACAAGCUUACCAAAGAGAAAACUUGUGCUGGAAUUUCCCUUAAAUCGCAGGAACUAACAGCUCUAUUUUUAGCUGUUCGGCUAUACUGCAGUUUUGUCAUGGAAUAUGACAUACAUACAAUACUUGAUACGGCAACAUUAGUGUCAACCCUUUGGGUUAUUUAUAUGAUCCGUUUUAAACUGAUGUCAACUUACAUGGAGGAUAAAGACAAUUUUAAGAUUCAAUACGUGGUGAUACCCUGCGCUGUUUUGUCGCUGUUUGCUCAUCCUACAACAAGUCAUAUUUCCUUCAACAGAAUCUGCUGGGCUUUCUGUGUUUACCUUGAAGCUAUAUCAGUCCUGCCUCAGCUAAGGCUCAUGCAGAACAUCCAGAUCAUUGAACCAUUCACCGCACAUUAUGUGUUUGCGUUGGGACUUGCUCGGUUCUUGAGUUCUGCACAUUGGGUUAUCCAGUUAUUCGACACGAGAGUGCUUUUAUUGAUAGCGUUGGGACGUGGAAUAUGGCCUUGUUUGGUCCUGCUCUCUGAGAUUGUCCAGACUUUCAUUUUGGCAGAUUUUUGCUACUACUAUGUCAAAAGUAUCCUUGGCGGACAACUUGUGGUGCGACUCCCCGCCGAUGUGGUGUAAACUUAAAAGGACGGCAAGAA